AUGUCUUCUAGUUAUCGGAGACCUUGUAGACUAGAUUGGGCUGAAUCAUCUUGGAUACGAUGGAUUUAUGUUGUAUUUUUUUGGUGGUUAAAUCCAAUUUUAGAUAUUGAUGACAAACGUAAAUUAACAGAUGACAAUUUAUUUGAUGUAUCGCCAAAUGAUGAAUGUAGUCAGUUAUUAAAGAAACUUGAAACGGUAUGGGAAAAAUUUGAAAAUAAAUAUGAACAUAUUAACACAUGGAACAUAGUUGCAAAAGCGUGGUGGAAAGAGAGUUUAGGUAUUGGUCUACUGCUAAUUCCAUAUCUUGGUUCAAAAGUAGCUCAACCAUUACUCAUCAGAGAAAUCGUUCUUGUUAUUAAUGAUUCAAAUCGAGCUUCAUACGUGGGCUAUUUAUAUGCCAUUGGAUUAGGACUGUCAACCGGUUUGCAAGCAUUAAUGCAUCAUCAAUUUUUUUUUCGUGCAGCACGAAUUGGAAUUCAAAUACGCAUUGCACUCUCAUCUCUUAUUUAUAAAAGACUAUUAUCAUUACCAACAAGAGCAAUUAUUGAAACGACAACAGGUCAAAUGGUGAAUUUAAUUUCAAAUGAUGUCAGUAAAUUUGAAGAACUAUACAAAUAUAUUCAUCAUUUAUGGGCUACACCAGUCGAAGCACUUAUUGUCUUUGGUAUAAUUUGGCACCAAAUUGGCAUUCCGGCAUUGUUCGGUUACGCUGUUUUCUUACUGCAAAUACCAUUACAAUUAUUUUUUAGUAAAAAAUUUGGAACAUAUAGAAAAAAUACCAUGCAAUGGACCGAUGAACGUGUAAAAAUGACCAAUGAAAUAUUGGUUGGUGCACAAAUUGUUAAAAUGUAUCGAUGGGAAGAAGCGUUGGAGACAGUUGUUCAUAAUACAAGAAAAAAAGAAUUUAAAAGUAUUCGAAAAGCGAAUCGAAUUCGAGCAAUUAAUAUGGCUAUUUAUUUUUCAUCAGUCUCAUUAGUUUCAUUAGCUACAUUUGGUGGAAGCUGGUUGAUGGGUCAUACAUUGUCCAGUGCAAAUAUAUUUACAAUAUUGUCAUUGUUUGGUAUAAUUAGAAAUCAAAUUACUUCUGGCUUUCCUUCUGCUAUUGAGACAUUAAGUGAAAGUCUAAUAGCGUCAAAACGUAUUAAUCAAUUCAUGAAUUUAUGGAAACAGACUCAUGCGAAAACAUUAGAAGAACAGACUACAGACAUCUCUAAACUUAUACCAGGUAGUAUAGUAAUGGAUCGAGCCUCAUUUACAUGGAGUUCCAUUCAAUCUGCUCAACUAACUGAAAUAGAUUUGAAUUUAAAUGCUGGUUCAUUAGCUGGCGUUGUAGGAGCAACAGGAUCGGGUAAAUCAUCUCUGUUAGCAGCAAUACUAGGUGAAAUGUCUCUUGUUCAAGGUAGUAGUAAGAUAUAUGGUAAAAUUGCAUAUGUAUCUCAAAUAUCAUGGAUAUUUUCUGGUACGAUACGCGAAAACAUAUUGUUUUGCAAAGACUUUGAUAAAGAAAAAUAUGAACGUGUGUUGCAAUCAUGUUGUUUAAUUACUGAUUUACAAUCAUUUCCAGCUGGAGAUUCAACAGUCAUAGGAGAAAAAGGAGUGAAUUUGAGUGGAGGACAAAAAGCUCGUGUUUCACUUGCUCGAGCUUUAUAUACUGAAGCCGAUAUUUAUUUGUUUGAUGAUCCUUUAGCAUCUGUUGAUCCUACAAUUGCUAGAAAAAUUUUCCAGCAGUGCAUUAGUAAUCAAGGUAUUUUAAAUGAUAAAACACGCUUGCUAGUUACACAUCAAAUACAAUUUUUAUCCGAAUUUGAUCAUUGUAUUUUAUUAGAUCAUGGUAAAAUAGAAAAACAAGGUUUAUUUAAUGAAUUACUGACAAUAGAUAAAGUUAAACAAAACUACGAAAAUCAACAAAAACAUACAAACGAAACAGAAAAAAACCAAACUCAAAAUUAUAAUAGUGUUUAUGAUGAUGAUAAUGAUUCUAUGAAACCAUCGGAAACUAUUGAUAAAACUAGUAUUGCCAUAGACGAAACAUCUGUUGGUGGAAAGGUUAGUGUUUAUAUUUGGUUUAGAUUAUUUACCGCUAGUUAUGGCUGGACUGGGUUCAUAGUAUUGAUUUUUUUAAUGUUGUUGGGUCAAGGUAUAUAUGAUGCAACUAACAAAUGGUUAAGUAUAUGGUCGUCAAAAUUAGAAGUAGAGCAACGCGAAAGUCACUAUCUAUAUGUAUACUUAGGACUAGUAAUAGGCACAUGGCUAAUGGCAAUAAUUCGCGCUGAUUACUUUUUCCAUAUUAUAUUACGUGGAGCAUCUGUAUUUCACGAUUGUAUGUUGAAAGGUGUUUUAUACAGUUCAUUGAGAUUUUAUGAGAGUAAUCCAGUUGGUCGUAUAUUAAAUAGAUUUAGUAAAGAUCAACAAGUUAUCGAUGAAUUAUUGCCAGUCACAUUUUUUGAUACAAUUCAAUCACUAACCAUGGUAUUAGGUAGUAUUGUUAUUAUUGGUAUCUCAAAUCCAUGGGCAUUAUUGAUAUUGAUAAUCAUUAUCCCAAUGCUUCUUUGGUUAAGAAGAAUCUAUGUAAGAACAAGUAGAGAAAUAAAACGAUUAGAAAGUGUAAGUCGAAGUCCAAUUUAUGCAUUAUUUUCCUCAUCAUUAAGCGGACUAAUGACUAUUAGAACAUUCGAAGUAGAAAAUCAUUUCCUCAAUUCAUUUAUCUUCAAAAAUAAUACAAAUACGCGUGCACUUUUCAUAUUCAUUGCUUUGACUAGAUGGUUUGGUUUAAGAUUAGACCUAAUGACGUGUUCCAUAACGUUUUUGACAGCAAUCUUAUCGAUAACCUUACGUCAGAAUAUGGAUGCUUCGUCUGUAGCAUUGGGUUUGGCAUAUGCUAUAAACUUAUUAGAUCUUUUUCAAGGAGGAGUACGUCAGUCGGCUGCAACUGAAAAUUAUAUGAUUAGUACUGAGAGAAUCGAUGAAUAUUCUCAUAUUCCUCCAGAAUCAGGAUUUUACAAAGAAGAAUUAGAAAAACCAUCUAAUUGGCCAACAGAAGGAAGAAUCGAAUUCGACGAUUAUAAAUUAAGCUAUCGUCCAGAGCUUGAACCUGUAUUAAAAGGUAUUAAUUUAAAAAUUGAACCACGCAAUAAAAUUGGUAUUAUUGGACGUACAGGUGCUGGUAAAUCGUCUAUUUUUCAAGCACUCUACCGAUUCACUGAUAAAUCAAUAACACAUGGCAAAAUAUUAAUUGAUGGAAUUGACAUUAGUAAAAUUAGUUUAAAUGAUUUACGAUCAAAUUUAAAUAUUAUCCCGCAAUCUCCCGUCUUAUUUAGUAAUACAUUGAGAUAUAAUUUAGAUCCAUUCAAUCAUUAUACGGAUGAGCAAUUAUGGGAUGUCUUAGAAGCAGUUCAAUUAAAAAGAAAGAUUGAAAAUUUAAAAGAUAAACUAAGUACACAAAUAGCAGAAUAUGGAAGUAAUUUUAGUGUUGGUGAAUGCCAAUUAAUCUGUGUAGCAAGAGCAAUUCUAAAACCAAGUAAAAUCUUACUAAUCGAUGAAGCAACAGCACAUGUUGAUACAAAAACUGAUGAAUUAAUUCAAAAAAUUUUACGCGAAAAAUUUAUGAAUCAUACUGUUUUAACCAUUGCACAUCGUCUGCAUACAGUAAUCGAUAGUGAUAAAAUUGUUAUUAUGAAUGAUGGUAUCGUUGCAAAAUAUGGUACACCACAAGAAUUAUUUAAUGAGAAAAAUGAAAUACUUACUGACAUGAAUAAUGAUAAUGAACCAGUUACUUAUCUAUAA